ACACUCAGACAAGAGCUGACAAGAAAAGAGACAGAGCUGACGAGAAAGGAAGCAGAGCUGACGAGAAAGGAGGCAGAGGUGACGAGGGCAGAGGAGACUAUCAGGAGAGAGCAGCAGCAGAUUCAGGAGAUGAGACAGAGAGAGACUGAGUUAGUGCAGGCCAAGGACAGGGAGAUAGCUCUGCUUCAGCAGCAACUGGGGGGAAAGUCUUUCUGGACUCAAAAGCAACCAAAAUAGCAUACAUUUGUGGCAGCAAGACUACUGUGUUUCUUACUUAGCGAGUUCGGUAAUUUGCAUAAUGACAGUGAUAUUAACUUGUGGUCCAACUUCAAACAAUCCAGCCCUUGGAAUAUAAGCUGUAUUUAACUCUAGUCUGCCCAUUCUACACUUUGGAGGAGCCAGACGUUGCGGGGGGUGUCCUUUAUUGUCACACGAGCAUCACAUGCGUGCCCCGAG